UGUGUUUGUGUGUGUGUGUGUGUGUGUGUGUGUGUGUGUGAACCGCGGUAUGAAAAUGGCGCAUUAAAGAAGACACCGCUUUUCCUAGGGAGGAUCAUGGGAAACGCUAGCAGUGAGAGAAGUGCUCAGGGUGAGAAAGGUCCGAGGAGUCGCGGAGGGAAAGACGGCAAAAUCCUCCUGACUGAUGAUACGGAUCUGUUCCAUGAUGACGCCAAGGAGUACUUGGCAUGGCAGAAGGAUGUUCAGUCGGUGAGGAAGUGUGCACCAGUUGAACACCCCACUGUGUUUAAAUGGUCCAGUCCGGCAAAAGAAGUUUGUCUCUCCGGCUCCUUCAAUAACUGGGCCACCAAAAUCCCUCUGUCCAAGAGUCACAAUAAUUUCACAGGAAUUGUGGAUCUUCCUGAAGGAGAACAUCAGUAUAAGUAUUAUGUAGAUGGACACUGGACUUUAGAUCCUACGAAGCCCGUCAUCACAACUAAAUCCGGCAUCGUCAACAAUGUAGUUCUGAUUCGCAAGUCGGACUUCGAGGUUUUCGAAACCCUGAAGAACGACUCUGAGAUCUGCACAGAUGUGUCAGACAUCUCCGGAUCUCCUCCUGGACCGUACCAUCAGGACUCAUACUCAGUUACAGCAGAGGAGCGACUUCGUUCUCCCCCCAUCCUGCCUCCUCACCUCCUGCAGGUUCUGCUUAAUAAAGACACAGGUGUCUCGUGUGAUCCUGCUCUACUUCCUGAACCCAAUCAUGUGAUGCUCAAUCACCUGUACGCUCUCUCUAUUAAGGAUGGCGUGAUGGUGCUCAGCGCAACGCAUCGCUACAAGAAGAAAUAUGUCACUACGCUGCUGUACAAACCCAUUUGAGCUUCAUCACACUCACAUUUCACACGUCAUCAACACUAUACACACACGCGCACACAAGAAAGAACCUCAGCGCUAUAAUGCCAAAGUUCAGACACAAAACCAUACUGUGUUUGCUAUAAAUGCUACAUUCCUGGGUUAGCCUGAUUAGCAUUUUGUGUGGAUGUUUAUAUUUGAAGAUUUUUCCAGCACUGAUUUAUUUCUUUCUGAAAUUUGUUUUCUUGAAAUAUUUUAUGAAAUGUUCGUUAGCGAACAGUGAAAUUUUGUACUGAACGACUGAUAUGUCCUGUUUAGUAAAUAAAGAAAUUGUUGGGGGGAAAAA